GUUGAUUCCCUCCGAAAAAAGACUGUUUAGUGGGAUCAAAGGUCGAUCUGCUUGUUUGUUGAGUCGAUUCCCAACGCGGGUAGCGCCCGAUAGUAUGCUUUUAUCCGAUUACAGCUCCCUUAAAUUGAGAUUAUGGUGUUAGUCGGCCGUUGGGUUUCGUCUUGUACUCAUGGCUUCCGCAAUUCGCUGUCAUCUGCCAUGCCGGCGAUUUGCAGCCCGGCUUCUGUUCGCGCCCCACACGCCAAUGGACGAGUCCACCUAGCAGUGGACGGCUCGUGUGAAAGCGAGAGACGCUCACGCAGCCUCCAGCGUCUUCCUCUCUCGCUCGCGUCAAGGCGGCAGUGUUCGGGCAGACGUCGGUGAAGUCGGAUGACGUGCAGGGCGCCUGCCCCUACGACGAUCUACUACUAUACCCGUAGACUAUCGGUUCCGUGGCACGCAACCGAAGACGCCUUCUCUGGUAUCACAGGGUGCCCAGGACGGAUGCCAGUAUAGGAUUUCGUUCUUGCUGAAAUUCUUUUUACGGUGACAGCUACCAGAGGGGGAAAAAGACGAGAAAAGGAGCCGGCCCGCUGAUGGGAUAGAUGUUUUUUCACCGAGAUUGUUCAGCUGUGUGAGUUAACACCGGAAGUAGUUUCUCUCCGGUUACUACCGUGAAAGGCCCCAAGCCCGAGAUUGCCCGGAGGUUUUGGCGCCCUUUCGGCUGCGACCCAAUCGAUGGUGAAGUCGAGUGCCCGAAACGAGCUUUUGGACUUUACUGGCACGUCUGUACAUCAGAACACUAUACCCGGCUAGGUAGACAACCGCUCAACUGCCGGUCCCAAUUAGUUCGGGAGACCCUAACUGACGGUCCCCGGUAGGCCUGCCGCGUGUGGCCGCUUCCGCAUCGCUGCUGCUGCCGAAGACCGCUGACGGUCAAGAGGAACUCCACUCCUCAACUCGGGGCCAGCUUCCAGCACCGCGGAGAAUUCCUUACAUCUGCUCCUCCACAAGCCUUCCAUUCCUCACGAAUUUCCUGCCUUCGUCCCGGGAUCCGAGGCCGCAAUGUCGUGGCUGACGACGCCGGCGAUGGGCCGAACCAUCACCCAGCAGUCGUUUGCGGAGCUCGCCGAGGGCAACUCAACUGACGUCAGUAGCUGGUACGUCGCCGAAUGCGACUACGUCUGGCCAACCCUGGCUGUGACUGCUAUACUGUGCUUCGUGUACAGUCUCCUCGGAGCCAUAGGGUUCAUCGGCAACUUCUUGGUCGUCUAUACCAUCUUCUUCAAGAAGGGGCCGCAGAGUGUGACCUCCAUGCUGCUUUGCAGUCUGGCCGUUUCGGACGUCCUGGUGGUUACUAUCCAACUACCCUUCAAGCUAACAGACCUUGUAACCGACUCUUGGGUGCUCGGGUCCUUCCCCUGCAAGAUGAUUGGCUACCUGAACUUGAUGUCGCCAGCCUGCUCGGCCUGCAUGUUGAUGGUCAUUGGCUUGGAAAGGUUUAUAGUCAUUUUGUACCCCUUGAGGGCGCGCUUCCUCAUCACCAGGCUCAAGGCGAAGUUCAUCGUUGCCGGCUCGUGGGUUAUCAGUUUCAUCCUCGCCAUUCCCGGCGCGGUGCUGCAGGAACACAAACGAUUCCCUGACACGAGGGAGUUCCUCUGUGUUAAGGAAUACCAAGACAACGUUAUUCUCUCCGAGAAGGCCUUUGUCAUGUAUUGCCUAUUGGUGUUCUACAUCAUACCCCUGGGCAUCAUGGGUUUCGCCUACAUCACGGUCUGCGUGCGGUUGUACCGCAGCGCCAAGAUCUCCCGGGGUCUGCAGAGCAUGAAGGCCCCCAGUUCCGCCAAGCCGCUCCGUACCAACGCCAACGGCUUCAGCGGCGUGUCCAACCCAAACGCAGUGGCCUCGUCGGUCGACGACGAUCCCUUCUCGGCCGGCUCGGAGCCGCGGUGGGAGACGGCGGUGGGAGGACGGGUGGUGGUGUCGGGCGGGUCGCCUCACGCGCGGUACCAGAGACGACCUCGGAGACCCGUCUCGAUAAAAGAUCGACAACAGGUUAUAUUGAUGUUGAUUCUGGUAGUUCUCCUUUAUGCCCUAACCUGGGGACCCAUGAUCCUGGUUAUGGUGCUCGUUGCCUUUAAUGCCCUGAAUCAUCUCUGCAUGAACGAUAUCUUCAAGCUCUCAGCCACCAUCCACGUCCUGACGUUCCUGAACAGCGCCGUCAACCCCAUCGUCUACAGCUUCAUGUCCCGCAAUUUCCGGGAGAACGUGGCCCAGGCGCUGCGCGGCAUCUGCCGGUGCGUCGGUUUGGGGAGCCGGCGUCGGCAGGGCGGGCGUGGCGGGCCCGGGGAGUCCAUGUACCAGAGUUCGCGGUACAGCUCCACCACCCUGGUCACGCAGGCCAGCUCGGUCAGACGGGGCCGCUCCACCAGCGAUGGAAACUGCUCCCCUAGUCGGGGCACGGGACAGAACAUAGAGCUUACCCAAUACUCCAGACUGCCAAAUACUGAGCCCGUGGCUUGAGAAGAAAAACCGAAAACUAAUUCCAAGCCGUCCCAAACAAACUUUAGACAUGACUUUUGAAAUCAAUCGAUGCCGGCUGAACUAUCAACUAACAGGCGUGGACGUCCAAAGUUGCACUCCAAAACAUCAGCUGUAACAAACCAUGCGAAAAAACAAAGGCAAAACGACGAAAAGAAAGCGUAUCAAGAACCAAGAAAGUAAACACUUUCAAUCCUUGUCAUCGAUGAUGCCAGUCGCUCGAUUCUUGCAUAUUGCCCAUUUGCUUUCCACCGAGUGAGCGACCGCGGGUCAGUGGAUUGGAAAGGCUUGAGGUUAACCUCACCGGGCGGAUCAUCGUUUUCUUCGAGGCUUAGACCGGAUGCCGCGAUUGAUAACCACAGCAAAAACUUGUCAGUUUAAUACCGCGAGACGCUGUACGCCAACGUAUAUGGUCGCAAUCCUGUUCGUUCUUCUUUCAGAGGUUCCCACUCAUCAGUGACAAACCGAGAGGCUCAGCCGAGGCCAGCCUUGAACUGGCCUUGCCGCCACAUGUGUGUGAAUGAUUGGACAAAGCGCCCUCUCUCGUUAACAACGCAGCCCACUGCAAUGGCAGCUAAAUGGGCCACUUCAAACGCGGCAGGUGAACGAGGACACCGAUGGAGAUAGUGGAAUGAUCGUUGAGGCCAGUCAUUGUGGCCGCUGAAGCUACUGUUCUCUGGAGCCAGUAAAUUGGGCAGUGAGAGCAACGAAAGAAGCCGAGCAGACCUCUGAAAUGAACCGUUAGCUCCCCCAACACAUUGAAUAAAUAAACACACUAUCAAAGAAAGCACACUGGAGAAUGAGGUCGCCCAGUGACUAUGAGAUAUCGCCAAGAUUUGUCAGGUUGUGUAAACAAAAUACGACUGUUGAUUCUGAAAAGGGCUGAUUUGACAAAACGUGAUUCAAAUGGGAUGUCAAUUGGAGUAUAGACGCACGCUUGUCAGUCUUUUAUUCUGUUGCGCACUAUCAUAACUUUGAUUGGUCAACACAGUAUGGAACGGAACUCAAGGAUUCAAUAAUGUCACGUGAUAUGCGUGCAUGCGCAGUUAUCAAAUUAAGAAUGGGAUUUGUCGACCUUUGUGCUAAGUAUUUCUUGUUCCAUUUAUUUUAUUUAUAUGACGUAUAUUUUAUCUAGUUCUUUUCCUAUUUUUCUGGGCACACUAGAAAUAGUUCAUACACAUCAGUGGUAGUGUGUGUUGGGUGUGGAAGUCAUUGAGGAAGGAAUCUCAAUCGGAGUGUGUUUGGUGAGUUUUGAGUGAGUUUCGAGUAUUAGUAGACGAGCAAUCCUUUAACAGAAUCCGUACAAUCCAGCUUUUUGCAGACAAAGUGUGGGAUUUGUGUGGAUUUGAUAAAUGACCAUCGCGUGUGUCUGUUUGCCGUUUCAUUUAUUUGUACCAUUCGAGGUGUUGGCUGAUAGUCCAUUUGCAGAAAGUCCGAAUUUCUUUGUUUCAGAUCUGUAUCCAGAAAAUAAUGCCACGCGACAUUUAGAAAGCACUUCACUUUUAGUGAUUAAUUCGAGCUUUUAUUAGGUUUGGACCUUUAUCAAACAUUUCCAAUGAGUGUGUUAAUGAUAACUGACGCAGCCGUAUUUUGGUUCUGACGCGAUGGACACAUACGCAACAUUGCUUUGAUUAAUAAAAUUAAAAGAAACUACUUCGGCGCCUUUUAGUGACUAGGUGCUCUCUCACUUCUGAACCUUCCUCACAAAUCCGAAGUGGAUUUAUUUACAUUCAAUUCAGAACGUUUCCACAUCAAGGAGCAACAUAAGGCUGAAUACGAAUCUGUUGUAUAAAGCUAGUUCUGUGUCUUUGUCCAUUUUAAAUCCGACUACAGACGCGCUGAAAGUAGGCGUAGACGAAGCGCUGGAUGCCCGUUUCGGACACGGCCAUAGCUGUGUGGUCCAGACUGGGUAUUUUCAAAUUGUGGCUACGGCUGUGCAGUUUGUCAUGGACGCACCACGGAGAAUAGCCUGGGCUGCAGAUAUUGACGGCCGCGUCGAAAAUGGCCUUGGUCAUGCGCACGCCUCGCCACGCGCGAGUGUGAUACUAUCGCACGCACGCAUCGGUUGGUCGGGAGUGGUCUACGCGACUGUAUCGUGUACGUGUCAUAGUCGUUGGGAUACCAGCAAAGUGCUGUUCCCACUAACAAAAUUGCGCCCUCUCUUAAACCCAAUCGAGGCCCAAUAAGGUUAGAGGUGAGUUGCUGGUGUUUUUACCCUGGCGUGCUUUCAGGUUGAAGGUUGAGUGGUUUUGUCAGGCAAGGUACGAGUGCUUCCUGUGCGAAGGGGAAAGGAGAGUCCAUGAAAGUGGGCAUGAAGUGGGUGCAAACGAUGUUUUCCGGGACUUCCUCCGGAUGGCAAUUGAUGAGGUCACAAGUUCCACAUGAGAGUCUAGUGACUUUUUGUUGUUACAAAAUCACGCAGUUCAUGCAAACUGUUGGAUCCCUCGCAGGUAUAUUGUUGUUAUUUUCAAAGAGUCAUGCUAAGUGUGCGUAUUAAUCCUUUGUGGCUCAUGGACAUGAAGGACCAGGUUUUAAUACAUUAAUGAUAGAAGAAAUCUCAUGAACCUAUCACUAUCGAGUAUAUGCAUGUAAUGUAUCUAAUGGGUCAAAAUAUUAAGGGCACUAGUCAUAAAUUGACUACUACGCUGGAAAUGGAAGAGUCCCUGUCCUCUUUGUUUGACCAAUCAGAAUGAACAUCACAGUGGCAUCCAAUCCAAAUCGUUCCAUUAUGCCUGCUCUUCGAAUGCCGGGGGAAAUCAAAUUACUUGUUACCAAUGUAUCCUUGGCGAUUUGCGAAUAUAAAACAGUGUCUGUUUGAUGUAAAGUAUCGUCGAGGGGUUCCUGGUAGGAACGGGUAUUUAGCAUUGCAAUAAAUGUAUUGGAAGAAUUACAGAGAGUUGUUUAAAAGCCGCAUCAGUACAGUUUCUAACCAUUGACCAGUGUGUACAAUGUAGUCGUCAUAAUCGACAAUGUUUGUAGGAGCCUCUUGAGAGACAUUCGGAUAUCCGAGAAUAGGCGAGAGAAGUAAUAGUCGAGAGAAGUAAUCGAUACCCGAGGUGCUUUUCCCACCUAUGCCCUGUCGUGUGGUUUUGCCACGUUAAUUCAAAAUGGUGUAUAACUCGCUAAAACAAUCGCAACCAACAUAUCUAGUUUCUCUGUAAAUAAUGCUUUACGAUCCGAGAAAUACCAAACAUCUACAGCAAAAUUUUUUAGAUGGAAUAAUAUAUAAUAAAAUGAAACUAUAAUAUAGCUAUAAUAAUUAUCAGUAUAUAUUUAGCAAAAGAAAUAAAGAGUAAAGUGGAUUGGUUGUAUUGUAUAUAAUCUUGCGAAUGAAAAGUAUAGGCUGUUUAUAAUAAUUUUAAAGUGAUUCUCGAUUGUGCAAUAGAUGGAUCUAAUUACAAGAAGAAUAGUUGGAAUGAAAGAAAAAAAAUAUACUUAACUAGCUGGUAAAUACGGCAUUCUAUCCAAUAAGAUAUCCAUAUGAUUAUUUCAGGGUAAAACUGUUGUGGAGGUCAGUUUCUUACUCCCACACGUCAGAUUGUGAUAUGCAUCCGACACAAACAAAAGUGUACCGUUAAAGGCUUGCCAAACAUUUUUUGUAAUUAAUCUAACGAGUAAAUCAAAGAAAAACGUGCUGAUAAAAACACAACGAAUUCCGUCAAAUCGUAAGAAAGAAAAGGUCUUCUUGGUUUGUGUUUUUUUCUGCAUUCCUCUACCUUCUUUGGAGCAACAUUCUCGACAAGACGGCUGUUAAGAAAAGAUUGGCGCCAAAGUGAAGGUUAACAUUCCAGAACACAGGCCGGUGACAGAAAAUUAGGGUCGUACUCAGUAAUGGAUCCUAUUUUUAGCAAGAUACCCUUUAUAUAGCAACUGUAAUAUAUGAUAUUUUGUUCCUUUGUCGGGUAACCAUGCCUUGUAAAUAUUCAAUAAAAUAAUCUCUAUUUAAAAA